AUGGUUGACUGUAGGUCGCGUGUAUCUUGGGUUGUACUUUUCGCCACAAGGACGUCGUACAAAUAUUAUACCGCCACUCCCAAACAAAUUGAACUUGCUUUCGUCCGUGAACAGUACUUUACCCCAGUCAGCUGGAGUACACUUGAGGUAGCGGCGCGCGAAGUCCACUCUAGCUCUUCCAUUUUUCAUCAUUAUGAGCGGCUUUUUGGCGGGGCGCCUUCCAUAGAUUCCUGCACUGUUCAGGCGGCGUCUUCCCACGAUUUGCCGACUUACCGUCGUGGCAUGGCUCGCAUUGAAUUCAGCGGCAGUGUCAACAGCAAUGUCUCUAACCUUGCCUUCAGCCAAGUCUACUGCUGCUACAAACACCUUGCGCUUAAUUAUGUGAAUACUGUUGCUUUGCAGGCAAAUUGUGAUGGAUAUUGUGAAAUAUGCUUUAGUUAUACAUAUCAAAAAGUCGCAUGA